GCUCACGAGAUUUAGCGAGACCGAGGACGCAGGCGGAGCGGGCCGGGGCGCCUGAGCUCCCGCGCACGCGCACUGAGUCCCGUCUGCCCGACCUUCAAGGCUCCACCAUGUUCUCGCGGGCGAGCGUUGUCGGGCUGUCGGCCUGCGCCGUGCAGCCGCAAUGGUAGGACCACAUCGGGAGGGAUGCGGGGGCUCGGGCUUGCUGCGAGGCAGGAGGGAUGGAGCUGCAUGCUCACUCCUGGCGGAAGAAGGCCCCAGCUCAGGCCGCGGGGAUGUCUGCAGAGCUGGAAGGUUGCGUGCCGGACCCCUGGUAGGGGUCAAAGAGAACAAGGUCACGGUCUGAUCCCCUGAGACUGGAACGGCCAUCCGGGACCUCGGGACCCGGACGGGAUUCGGGUUGAGCUUUGGAGCCAUCUGGGUUUCGAUCAACUCCGUACUUCCGCUCCGUACCCGGGAGCACAGCUUGCAAAGUCUUUAGAAAGGCCCUGAAGGUGAAGGGGCGACCGGGGAACGUUUGGUUGUAACUUUUGGCUUUGAAGCCCUGUGAAACACUGCACGGGGGAGCAGCGUGACCCUUUAAGGUGUGAUGGCUUGCUUGAGCUCUUUGGUAAGGCAUUCACUGUGUAGCCAUCCGACUCUUUGCUGGGUACUGGAGAAACGAAGGAACUCAAAAUCAGCCCCCGCCUGAACCUGCUGGUCGCCUUGGUGCUAAAGGGGUUUAAAAAAAUCUGCCGAUGAGGAAGAGAAAGACAUUGCCAUUGUCAUCAUGCCCUCGUGUUGAAGUACAAUCUCUGCAAGGAUCCAAGUUCGAAACAUGGCAACUCUGAAAGAUAUUACCAGGAGACUGAAGUCCAUCAAAAACAUCCAGAAAAUUACCAAGUCUAUGAAGAUGGUGGCAGCUGCAAAGUAUGCCCGGGCUGAGCGGGAGCUGAAGCCUGCCCGAGUGUAUGGGACAGGUUCUUUGGCUCUGUAUGAGAAGGCUGAUAUUAAGGCACCUGAGGACAAGAAGAAGCACCUCAUUAUUGGUGUGUCCUCAGAUAGAGGGCUUUGUGGUGCUAUUCACUCCUCAGUGGCUAAACAGAUGAAGAAUGAAGUGGCUGCCCUCACAGCAGCUGGGAAAGAAGUUAUGAUUGUUGGAGUUGGUGAAAAAAUCAAGGGCAUACUUUAUAGGACUCAUUCUGAUCAGUUUUUGGUGUCAUUCAAAGAUGUGGGACGGAAGCCUCCUACUUUUGGAGAUGCAUCAGUCAUUGCCCUUGAGUUGUUAAAUUCUGGAUAUGAAUUUGAUGAAGGCUCUAUCAUUUUUAAUCAGUUCAAGUCUGUUAUCUCCUACAAGACAGAAGAGAAGCCCAUCUUCUCUCUGAAUACCAUUGCGACUGCUGAGACCAUGAGCAUCUAUGAUGACAUUGAUGCUGAUGUGCUGCAGAAUUACCAGGAGUACAAUCUGGCCAACCUCAUCUACUACUCCCUGAAGGAGUCCACCACCAGUGAGCAGAGUGCCAGGAUGACCGCCAUGGACAACGCCAGCAAGAACGCUUCUGAUAUGAUUGACAAAUUGACCUUGACUUUCAACCGCACCCGCCAGGCUGUCAUCACAAAGGAGUUGAUUGAAAUCAUCUCUGGGGCUGCUGCUCUGGAUUAAUGAAAAUCAAGUUGCAUCCUCAGACAAGAGGUAAAGAAGAAGAAUGCGCAGGCUGAUUUUAACUGAUUGCUGUCUUUGUCAGAAGAAACUUGGUCCACUGAGUUACAAAGACAGCAGGAUGUUUGUAAAUUAUCUUACAAUAAACAACUUACAAUGAGAAAA